UACAUAUGGCGCUGGUUGGCUACUUUUUUCUUCUUUCCAAAAUCAAAAUUUAAUGUUCCUGAUUUUCAAUUUUGCAAGAGUACUUCCAUGGCACAGUAUAUCCAGGUUAGUGACGAAGAGGGUGACGAGCCGAUAGAAAUUCCUAGUGAGGAUGACGGUUCGUUGUUGCUCAGCACACUCGCCGCACAGUUUCCGGGGGCAUGUGGAAUGAAAUACAGAAAUCCAAGCACUGGAAAUUUUCGUGGAAUUAGACUAUCAGAGGGAAGACUGCAUCCACCAGAUGGAGUUUGGGGAAAUUUUGUUUACAUUGUUGUAUUCCCCAAAGAUAAUGUGAUGAUAAAACGCAAAGGAGAUGAGGCUGGUGAAAAUUCAGUGGCAAAGAAUAAAUGUGUUGAUAAACAGAGAUGCAGUGAUCUCAUUGUUCUUGGCUUACCUUGGAAAAGUAAUGAAGAUGAUCUGCGCAGAUACUUCUCUUCAUUUGGAGAACUGCUUCUUGUACAAGUGAAGAGAGAUGUGAAGACAGGAGCAUCAAAAGGGUUUGGCUUUAUUCGAUUUUUAGAGUAUGAUUCGCAAGUAAAGGUUUUGGCACAAAGACACAUGAUUGAUGGAAGAUGGUGUGAUGUAGCUAUUCCAAAUUCAAAUGCAAGUGCUGCAGAAAUGGUUAGCAGAAAAGUUUUUGUAGCAAGAUGCACUGAAGACAUAACAGCUGAUGACCUAAAAAGUUACUUUUGCAAAUAUGGGGAAGUGUCCGAUGUUUUCAUUCCCAAACCCUUCCGAGCAUUUGCUUUUGUUACUUUUGCAGAUCACAGGGUUGCUCGAUCUCUUUGUGGGGAAGACCAUAUUAUCAAGGGUGCAAGUGUUCAUGUCACCACAGCUGCUCCCAAAAACGCCGACAGAAAUGAUAACAGGGGCAGAUUUGAUCAUGGAGGAAGUGGGAGGGGAGGGGGACAUGGGGGGUGGAGCCAGCAAGGUAAACCAAUUGCUACUGUAGGUACAGUUCCACCUGUGCCUGACCCAAACAUGGCUAAUAGUAUAGGCAUGAAUUUAUUGAAUUCAGCUGUGUUAGCAGCAGCCCAGGCUAUGUUACAAAGUCAAGGUCAGUUACCAGCACCCCAACCACAGCCAGUGGGUCAAGGUCAUGGGGAUCCUUUUGGUGUUCAAACCACAACUGCCAGACAGACCCAGCAAACAGGGUUCUUUAGUACUCAGAACUCUGCAGGCUGGGGGACAGCUGACACCAACACAUCCGCAGGCGGAUAUCCCAACUGGGGAGGAAACAGCCAUCAGAGUGGUUGGAGUUAAUGUAUGGGAGGAUACAUUGUUUGGUGUGCGUCAGUGUGGUGUUGAUUUUUUUACUAUGCAGAGUGCUAAGCCUUGUGUUUAUUAGGGCUGGAAUGAUAUGGGAAGACAGACUUCUAUGAUCCAUGCAUCUACUGCUUGUAGUAUAUAUCUGUUCCUAUAUUUUGAUUGUAUAUCAAAAAUUACAUGUAUAGCCAAGUCAAAUACUUAAGUUAUGUUAAAUUAAUUCUUUUAAUUCAAAGACAAAAAAAGUCCCGAACAAAUAUUUUUCCUCUCGUAAAAAAAAUAUCAAAGACUUUAUUUUCUCUUUUUUUCUAGGAAAUUACUUGGUAAUAUUGAAAAAAAAAUCUAAGCUUUUAUCAGUGUAAAGUUGAAUUACUGAACUAAAAAGUAUUUUAAUGUGCAGAAUGUAGCAGAAUUUGCAGUCAUUGUACCAGGAUGUAUAUUGUUUCACAUUUUACUUGUAUCAUCCCAGCCCUAGAGUUUAACCAUUUAUAAGGUCACUACAGCAGUUUCUAGAACUUUGCUUAUUCUAAAAUGAUAUUUAUCCUUUUUGUUAAUUUGCACCAUAGGUUUAACAGUUUUUUUAACACACAUAAUUAUAUUGUCCAUUCAGAGAAAGUUAUUUACACAAACUGACAUCUAAACUGUACCUUUUAAUUAACACAUUGCUCUAUAGCAUAUUAACUUAUACAUUUAAAGAGAUUGUUUCACCUUCACUAAAGUGGUGCUUUCAGAGGAGAAAUCAGUGCUAAGCACGACAACUUGUUUAUCCUUUCAGAGUUUAAAAGUAAUUCAUAAGAUUUUUAACAUGGGAACUUGGUUCCAAGUUUGUUUUUUUUUUUUUGUGUUGCUUAAAUAUGAUCAGAAAUCUUAAUAUGUACAUGUACAUAAAAUAUUAUGUGUGGAUUUGCAUAAAUUGUUAAUCAGUGUAUCUACCUUCAGCAUUCCCAUUUGUUGUAAAUUUUUACGAAAAGUAGCUUUCUAUAUUUUCCCUAGCAACCUACUACAUGUAGCAGAUGCCUAAAAUUUUCUAAAUUGUUUAAAUUUCACCUUUAUUUUUUUCUGAUGCUGAUAUUGUAUUUACUUCUAAAUAGAUUUUUUGAGAUUUGUAUUUCAGUAUGUAAAACUAUUUAACACUGUGUGACCAUUAUGAAAAGUAAUUGGAUUAUUGGUUGGACUGAAAUGAACAGAACUUGAAAGAUGUAAUCUAGACUGAAGUGUGUAUUGAGAAAAUUUGGAAAAAAUUGAAUUAAUUGAAUCAUGAAUGGAAUGAACUGAAUCAUGAGUGAUCUGGAAUGGACUGAAUCAUGAGUGAUCUGGAAUGGAAUCAUGAGUGAUCUGGAAUGGAAUCAUGAGUGAUCUGGAACAGACUGAAUCUUGAGUGAUAUGAAAUAGAAACUUGAGCAAUUUGGAACAGAAACAUGAAUGAUCUGGAAUAUGAAUCAUGUGUGAUCUGGAGCAGACUGAAUCUUGAGUGAUCUAGAAUGGAUUCAGUGGUGUAUGGAUGCUCUGGAAUGGACACAGAUGAAGUGUGAUUUUGCUUUUAUGUUGUAUUGUGCAGAAUGAAUUAAAGGAGAGUGUAUAUAUGGUGUGCAAAAGUG